AUGAAAGCUGAGGGAGAGUUGAGGCUUGAUAAGAACGGCUCUUGCUCAGACACAACUCUCGAAGCCGGAAACGGGAGACCUUGGGAGGAGGAGCGAGAGAAACAGACGCAGAUGAAGCCCCACAGGAGUCUCCAAAUCAAUAAACGGCCGCCGCGACGAAAGUUUAUUUUAUUCUACAAUGAGCCUCAACUGCCCGAAUCGACCGACCUGGGAUAUAUACCAAUAUCAGAUCAGAACCAGGCCGCAAACCCAGGAUUUCAUUGGGCACAUCAGUGUAUUCAGGCCACUUUCGCUGUGGGAAUAAUCAAAUAA